AUGCCCCAAUCUGGAAGCAACUCGGAACCGGGUUUACUACAGACAACCGUUGUAUUCCCUCCGAGCCCCCCUAGCACCGUGGGAAGAUCUCGAAGGUGUAGUGUGGAUGGCAAUCCCAACGAUAUCGCCUUCCCUGUAUCGCCUACCGUAGCAAACGACGACUCCCCUAUCUAUCCUCUACCCCCAAAAAAUUCGAAAAAAUCAGUUCGACCAGAGGACCUCAAAACACCAGAUAGCCACGUUGCAAGAGACGCUCGCCUGAUUCGACUAACCGGCAUACACCCAUUCAAUUGCGAACCUCCCCUGCGCGACUUAUACGAUGAAGGGUUUUUGACUAGUGAGGACCUUCACUAUGUUAGAAACCAUGGACCGGUACCCCGAUGUGACGAUGGUGACAUGGAUCAGUGGACAUUCACCGUCGAGGGCCUGGUUGAGAAUCCAUUUACUCUUAGCGUCGGGGAGCUCAUCGCAUCUUAUGAACAGGUGACAUACCCCAUCACUCUUGUCUGCGCGGGCAAUCGCCGCAAGGAACAAAAUGUGGUCCGCAAGUCAAAAGGUUUCUCCUGGGGCUCGGCCGGUCUCUCAACAGCUCUGUGGACUGGUGUUGCCCUUUGCGAUUUGAUAGCCAAGGCAAGACCGAGGAGAGGUGCGAGAUAUGUAUGUUUCGAAGGAGCUGAUAAACUGCCAAACGGCCACUAUGGGACGUCUGUUAAGCUCAAUUGGUGCCUAGAUCCAAACAGAGGUAUUAUGGUCUCUCAUAAAAUGAACGGUUGUGUUCUGCACCCUGAUCACGGCAAGCCUGUUCGAGUCGUUAUCCCUGGACAAAUCGGAGGCCGCAGUGUCAAAUGGUUGAAGAGGAUAACAGUUACCGAGAAACCAAGCGACAACUGGUAUCACAUCUAUGAUAAUAGAGUUCUGCCAACUAUGGUGACACCCGAGGCAAGUGCCGACCUGCCGGAUACGUGGAAAGAUGAGCGGUAUGCCAUAUAUGACCUUAACACCAAUAGUGUCAUCUGUUACCCGGCUCACAAUGAAAAACUCUUACUAAAUGGCGACUUGAGCACGUAUAAAGUCCGGGGAUACGCAUAUGGUGGUGGAGGUAAACGGAUUACUCGGAUCGAGGUUACUUUGGACAAGGGCAAGACUUGGAGAUUGGCCAAUAUUGAUUACCCCGAGGACCGAUAUCGCCUUGCUCCCGACGGAGAAAGACUAUAUGGCGGGAGAGUUGACAUGUGGUGGCGGGAGACAUCGUUUUGUUGGUGUUUCUGGGAGCUCGACAUUGACAUCGAAGAUCUCAAAACAGUGACGGAUAUCAUGGUCAGAGCAAUGGACGAAAGCCUCACGGUACAGCCCAGGGACAUGUAUUGGAGUGUUUUGGGUAUGAUGAACAACCCUUGGUUCAGGGUUGUUGUCCAUAAUAUCGGCCACGCAUUGCAGUUUGAGCACCCUACGCAACCAGCUCUGAUUCCCGGUGGGUGGAUGGAGAGGAUCAAGAAGGCAGGAGGCAAUCUCACAAAUGGCUCGUGGGGUGAAAAGUUGGCUGGCCCAUCUGAAGAUGUAACGAAACAAGAACCAGAAAAAGAUGUAUGCAUGACUAACCCCAGAGCUAGCCGUCUGGUUACCAUGUGUGAAAUGAAAUCCCACAGUGGUGAACAUGAACCUUGGUUCAUUGUUAAUGGACAGGUAUACGACGGGACACCAUUUUUGGAGGGUCAUCCCGGUGGCUCUGCAUCAAUAUUCGGAGCUGCUGGACAAGAUGUUACGGAGGAAUUUGUCACAAUUCGUAAGAAUAGCCUCCCAAUCAAGGCGUGCUCCAUCCUGCUCUGCUGUUGGUAUGCUGUCUAUGCUAACUAUGGCUCAACUCAGACAGUGAAAACGCCAAAGCCAUGA